AUUUUAAUAGGACUUUGUCAACAUGUGGAUUUCUGCAACAUUCCUUCUUUUUGCAUUGGCUGUAAACGGAGUCAUCAAGGUGGCAUCCGCAGGAUCCAUUGGCCGAAAAUGCCCCGACGGCUGGGAGAAAUUUGGAACACAAUGUUUUAAAUAUUUCAGCGAGUCAAAAUCAUGGGCCGAGGCAGAGCAACAAUGUGUUGACCUUGGAGGGAAUCUUGCAUCUGUCCACAGUCAAAUCACUCACAAUUUUCUAAAAACCUUUGUGAAAAAAAAUUCCAAAGGCCUCACCCGAACCUGGAUUGGUGCUCAUGAUGCACCUCAGGAGCUUAUCUGGUUUUGGAGUGACGGAUCAAAGUUUGAGUACAACGACUGGCACACUGGCGAGCCGAAUAACGAUGGAGGUAGCGAAAGAUGUGCGGAGAUGGGCUAUGGAGGUGAGAAUCGCUGGAAUGAUGCACCCUGUGGAACUCGCCUCCCCUUCAUCUGUUACAGAGUGGCUAGAAUUGAAUUUUAAUCCUAAAUUUGACUGAUACUAAUAUCUCAUGUCUGUCCAUCUCAGAUCUCCAAAGUCUUCAAAUCUGAUGCAACAGACAUAC